AUGUACUCCUAUACACCAACACAGGUAUUUUCGAUGCAUCAGCAUCAUCAUCCUCUGCAUCAAGCAAUGUAUGUUCAACAACGUCAAGGAAUUAAUUUAUUAUUUCCUCAAUACAGUCAACUACAACAUAUGCAAACUGCUUUUUCUGCUCCAUCUGUUACAUUUCCACAACAAACAAUGGAUCAAAAGCCACAAUUAUUUAGAACAGAUCAACUAGUACCACAAACUUCAUCACAACUUCCGGCACCUGUCCAGCAACAUCUUCAACAACAAAUUCAACAAAAAAUGCAACAAAGUCAACAACAAAUACCACGUUCAAGUCCAGUUAAUAUGAUACCAAUGUCAUCAUCUGAUCCAUGGCUAUCAAAUGGUCCAAUACCACAAGACCAAGAUCUAUUGCGGCCUCUUACCAUCAAUGGGGCGCACCAAAGGUUUGAGAUAAAUCCAUAUCUUAAUCGCACGAACAGUAUUAGUAGUAAUACAUCUGCACUACCAUUAAGUGCAUCGUUUGAAUCACCAUUAUCAGCUCAUUAUCAUUAUAAUCAUUCAUCAUCAUCACCACCAUCUGAACUUUAUCAACGACGUGAACGACGUAAUAGUGGUUCAAGUUGUUAUGAAUCAGAUAAUAGUGAUCCAUCCAGUGAUGAUGAAGACCAAUUUGCGUGGCUACCAACAAAAUUUAAAACAUCACAAACAUUAUCAACAUCAUAUUCAAAGUCUCAAUCGAAUUCAAUGACUCGUUCAGAAUUACCAACAACUGAACAACAACCUAAUGAUAUUUAUCAAAGAUUAACUAAUAAUAAUCAAAUUUUUCCAUCUAUUAAUAAAAUUUAUCAUUCAUCAAAUAAAAAUAAUAAUAGUGUUGUACGUCCUAAACUUAUUCAAUAUAUUGAUGAGAAUAUUAUUGGCAAGGGUCAUAUUUUUUAUGGACCAUGGGGUUUAAGACGAAUGGUGUAUUGUGAUUAUACAGCAUCAGGUCGUCCAUUGGAAUUUAUUGAAAAAUAUAUUCGAACUCAUGUACUUCCAUUAUAUGGUAAUACACAUAGUGAAACAAGUCUAUGUGCUGAACAAUCAACAAGAUUUCGUGAAGAAGCUCGUAAUAUAAUAAAAAAAUCGGUUAAUGCUAAUGAAAAUGAUAUUUUAUUAUUUACUGGUACUGGCUCAACCGGUGCUGUUCAUGCACUUGUUGAUAAUUUUAAUUUUUAUGAUGAAAAUAAUCGAAAUAAUACAAUUGUUAUGGUUAGUGCAUUUGAACAUCAUAGUAAUAUAUUACCAUGGACAGAAACAGGUGUUGAAGUAAUUCGAAUACCAACAACACAACAAGGUCUACUUGAUAAAUCAGUAUUAAAAGAAAAAUUACAAUAUUAUUCAAAUUUAAAAAAACGUAUUAUUUGUUCAUUAAAUGCUGCAAGUAAUAUAACUGGUAUUUAUACUGAUGUUGAUGGUGUAUCAACACUUGUUCAUUCAUAUUCGGGUUUAAUUUUUUGGGAUUAUGCAACAGCUGCACCUUAUGUUAAAAUUAAUAUGAAUUCAUCACCAACAGCUUAUAAAGAUGCUAUAUUUAUCUCAACACAUAAAUUUCUUGGUGGUCCCGGCACACCUGGUAUUUUAAUUGCCAAAAAACAUUUAUUUAGUUUGAAACCUCCAAAAUCAUGUGGUGGUGGUACAGUUAAUUUUGUAACUCGUACAUGUCGUGAAUAUAAUUAUGAUUUUGAAAUUCGUGAAGAAGGUGGUACACCAGAUAUAAUUGGUUGUAUUCGAGCUGGCCUUGUUUUUCAAUUAAAAGAUUCGCUUGAUUUGAAUUAUAUUCAAGCACGUGAAAAUGAAUUAGCUAAACGAUUUUUUCGACGUUUUAAAAAAACUGAAACAUUAGUUAUUCUCGGCUCUCAAACAGCUCCACGUUUACCAAUAUUUUCAUUUGCUGUUUAUGUACCAGUUAUAUGUAAAUAUUUACAUCAUAAUUUUGUUUGUCGUUUAUUUAAUGACUUAUUUGGUAUACAAGUACGAUCUGGUUGUGCUUGUGCUGGGCCAUAUGCACUUGAUUUAUUAAAUAUCAAUGAUGCUAAAACAAACACGUAUUGUUUGUUUAUGACAGAAAAUGUUGGAGCUCGAGGAAAUGAUGGCAUUGUUCGAACUAUGAUGAUGAAACCCGGUUUUUCACGUGUUAAUUUACCAUAUUUUGUAACUGAUGGUGAAAUUGAAUAUAUUCUUCAUGCUAUAGAAUUUAUUGCUGUUCAUGGAUGGAAAUUUUUACCAUUAUAUACAUAUAAUCCAGCAACAGCUUCAUGGUCUAAUCGUAGUGGUUUUCGAUUAGCUCAAUCAAGUCUUGAGGAUAUAACAUAUAAAUCUGGUAAAAUGCAAUAUUCCGGAAGAAAAAAUGAACCAUCAACUACACAUGGAGAAAAAUAUAUUCCUGAUCCAUUCCAUGAAGCAAAACUACUUGCUGUUGAGGCUAUGAGAUAUGCACUUCAAGUAAUUGAUUAUACAUCAGAUCCACCAUUAAAUGUACCCGAUAAAUAUUUACAUACAGUUUGGUUUGCAUUACCGAUUGAUAUUGCUUUAAUGAUGCUUAAACGAAAAGAAACUGGAAAAGACCCAAAUUGUGAUAUUAAUACGAUUCCGUUUAUACCUGAUGAUGCAAAGAAACGAAUCAUUGAAUCAACGAAAAUAAAAUCAGUAACAAAUACCCGUAAAACAAUGGCUAAUCGAAAGAAACAUAAUUCUAAGCGUGGUGCAUCAACAUCCCGCAUUCGAUAA